CGUACCGCUACCAGCUGCGGCGGCCGUAGCAGCGGCGCAUUCUCGCCGUGUAAAUCCAAACAAUGACUCCUACUACGGAGCGGAGGAAAUCACGCCAGUAGAAUGCCACGGAUAGCCCUAAUUUCGCCGCUUCCCCCUCUCCGAACUUGAUAGCACCCGCCGUAAACAUGUGGAUACCUACAGAGCAGGAAAAAUACGGCGUCGUGCUGGCCAGUUUUCGAGGCACCGUCCAACAAGGCCUUCCGCUGGAAAUUGGCGACACAGUGCAGAUCCUUGAAAAAUGUGAAGGCUGGUAUCGAGGAUUCAUCUUGAAGAAUCCAAACGUCAAGGGUAUUUUCCCAUCCAGCUACAUCCACUUGAAGAAUGCCCACGUCAAGAACAAAGGGCAAUUCGAAACCGUAAUCCCCGUGGAGGACUCUGUCAUCACCGAGAUGACUUCCACGUUGCGAGACUGGGGCGCCAUGUGGAAGCGACUCUAUGUGAAGAACGAGGGGGAUUUAUUCCACCGGCUUUGGCAUGUGAUGAAUGAAAUCUUGGACUUGAGACGGCAGGUGCUGGUGGGCCACCUCACCCACGACCGCAUGAGGGACGUCAAACAGCAUAUCACGGCGCGAUUGGACUGGGGUAACGAGCAACUUGGUUUGGAUCUCGUCCCGAGACAGGAAUUUAGCAUGGUGGACCCGGACGAAAUUAGCGUGACAGAGCUCUACAGGCUGAUGGAGCACCGGCAUCGCAAAAAGGAGACGCCGACACCGGCCAGCACCCAUCACUUGUUUGUCCACGUCAAGAGUCUGAUGAGCGCCAAUUUGGGGGAGGAGCUUGAAGUCUUCUUUCAUAUAUAUGACGGGCGGGAGAACCGACCACUUAGUGAAAGGUUCUUUGUGAGGCUCAAUAAGAGCGGCUUGCCAAAGUCGCCGGAGAAGACGGAGCGACAGUGCACACUGUUUGUGGAUCUGGGGAGCAGCGAUUUACGAAAAGACGUCUACAUUGUCGUGCACAUCAUAAGAAUAGGGAGAAUGGGCGCAGGAGAGAAGAAAAACCAGUGUUCAGUUCAAUACCGCCGUCCUUUCGGCUGCGCUGUCGUUAGCAUCGCCGAUCUGCUCACGGCAGACUCCAAGGACGACCACCUGCUCAAGGUUUACGCGUGCAACACAGAAAGCGAGUGGUACCAAAUCCAUGAGAACAUCAUCAAAAAGGCUAAUUCCAGAUACAACCUAUCAGGAUCGAACACAGGUCUCGCAGUGGCUCUCCAACUCCUCCACGGAGAUAUCGAUCAACUAAGACGUGAAUACAUGGUGCUGUUCACUCGUGGCGUUUGCAUCACGAGAAAACUGGGCUUCUCUGAUGUCAUCAUGCCAGGAGAGAUGAGGAACGACCUUUACAUCAUGCUGGAGAAAGGAGAAUUUGAAAAGGGUGGGAAAAGUGUUGCGAGGAACGUGGAGAUCACCAUUUACGUGUUGGACAUUGACGGACAAAUCCUCAAGAGUCACGUGGCCGCCGGCUCUGGCGAACCCGGCGCGGACGAGUACCACUCCUUGGUGUUGUACCAUAACAACAGUCCGCGGUGGGCGGAGCAGAUCAAGCUGCCUAUCCCUGUGGACAUGUUUCGGGGAUCCCACGUUCGCUUUGAGUUUCGACAUUGCUCCACUAAAGAGAAGGGAGAGAAGAAGCUGUUCGGCUACUCCUUUGUGCCACUGAUGCAGGAGGAUGGAAGGACUCUGCCAGAUGGCACCCAUGAGCUUAUUAUUCACAAGUGCGAGGAGAACACCAGCUUGGCAGACUGCUCACGCUAUCUUAAGCUGCCUUUUUCCAAGGCUAACAUCCCAUCCAACAACCAGACGCUGAAAGGGACCAAGGAGUCUUUCUGGAUUACUAGCUUCCUCUGCUCUACCAAGCUCACACAAAACGGCGAUAUGCUGGACCUGUUGAAGUGGCGAGCACACCCUGAGCGGAUCAACGAAAGCCUCUCCAAGCUGAAGGAGAUCGACGGCUCAGAGAUUGUUAAAUUUCUCCAAGACACUUUGGAUACACUUUUUGGGAUUCUGGACGAGAGCUCGCAGAGAUUCGGGCUGAAGGUGUUCGAUUCGCUGGUCCACAUCAUCAACCUUCUUCAAGACAGCAAAUUUCAGCACUUCAAGCCAGUCAUGGACACCUACAUCGAAAGCCACUUUGCAGGCGCUCUGUCAUACAGGGACCUAAUCAAAGUUCUGAAGUGGUACGUGGACCGCAUUGUGGAUGCCGAUCAUCAAGAACAUAUUCAGCAGGUGCUCAAGGCUAGCGAGUAUAUCUUCAAGUACAUUAUCCAAUCCCGCCGCCUCUUCUCCUUGGCAACGGGAGGCCAGAAUGAGGAGGAGUUCCGCGUGUGCAUCCACGAGCUCUUCAUGUCCAUCCGCUUUUUCCUCUCGCAGGAAAACAAAGGCACCAGUCCGGUGGCGCAAACACAGGCGGUGUUCCUUCGAACUUUCCCAGCGGUUUACGGCGAGCUACUCAAGAUUUUUACGGUGCGCGAGGUAGCGGGGUUCGUCCGGGAGACGUUGGGCAGCUUGCCCGCCAUCGUCCCUGCCGACUGUCCCUUAGAGGCCGUCAAGCUACAGUGCCUCGCCAAGACGGUGGAAAGCCAGUUGUACAUUAACCCAGAAUCGAGGUGCAUUCUGUUGCCAGUGGUGCUGCGGAUCCUGCACGCUCACAUGCAGGAGCAGAGAGACCUUGUCAUGUGCGCGCGAAUCCUGACUAGCAUGUUGUCGCUCAUCAAGAAAGAGGAGAACGGCACUUCGGAACCGGUGGUCUCGGAAGAAGUGGACCUGAUAGUGGAAAGCCUCCUAGGAGUGCUUCUUCGAACCAUCCUGGAAAUCAGCAACCGGCCGCAGCCCGCCGGGCCCACCAUGAGACUUCAAUUCCAGGACGUGACUGGGGAGUUUGUGGCGUGUUUGUUGGCGCUCCUGCGACAGAUGAGUGACAGACACUACCAGCAGCUUCUUCAAGCCUUUGGCAGCAAAGACGACUUGAGGGACUUCCUCCUGCAGAUUUUCACCGUUUUCCGAAUCCUCAUCCGACCUGAAAUGUUCCCGAAAGACUGGACCGUCAUGCGACUUGUCACCAACAACGUCAUUAUCACCACCGUCCUUUACCUCUCUGAUGCCCUGAGGAAAAACUUUCUCAAUGAUAAGUUUGACUACAAGGUGUGGGAUUCCUACUUCUACCUGUCAGUAUUGUUUAUUAACCAGCCCUGCCUUCAACUGGAGUCGUUCUCACCAUCAAAGAGGAAGAAAAUUUUGGAAAAGUACGGAGACAUGAGGGUGAUGAUGGGCUGUGAGAUCUUCAGCAUGUGGCAGAACUUAGGAGAACACAAGUUGAACUUCAUCCCGGCGAUGAUCGGUCCAUUUCUGGAGGUCACGCUAGUCCCGCAGCCGGACUUGAGGAACGUCAUGAUCCCUAUCUUUCACGACAUGAUGGACUGGGAGCAGAGGCGUAGCGGGAAUUUUAAACAGGUCGAGGCAAAACUCAUCGACAAGUUGGAUAGUCUGAUGUCGGAAGGAAAAGGAGAUGAAACGUACAGGGAGCUCUUCAACAGCAUAAUUCCUCUGUUUGGUCCGUACCCUAGUCUGUUGAAGAAAAUCGAGCGAGAGACGUGGCGGGAAAGCGGGAUCUCGCUUAUAGCGACCGUCACCCGGUUAAUGGAGAGGCUAUUGGACUACAGGGACUGCAUGAAGCUCGGAGAAGUAGACGGCAAGAAAAUUGGAUGCACCGUUAGUUUGUUGAACUUCUACAAAACGGAGCUAAACAAGGAAGAAAUGUACAUCCGUUACAUCCAUAAGCUGUACGACCUGCAUCUCAAAGCGCAGAACUACACAGAAGCCUCGUACACCCUGCUGCUCUACGACGAGCUCCUGGAGUGGUCGGACAGGCCUCUGCGGGAGUUCCUCAACUACCCCAUGCAGAGCGAGUGGCAGAGGAAGGAGUUCUUGCACCUUACUAUUGUCCAGAACUUUGACAGAGGCAAGUGUUGGGAGAACGGCAUCAUCCUCUGCCGAGAGUUGGCCGACCAAUACGAGUCAUACUAUGACUACAGGAACCUCAGCAAAAUGAGGAUGAUGGAAGCGUCAUUAUACGACAAGAUCAUGGACCAGCAACGUCUUGAGCCAGAAUUCUUCAGAGUGGGAUUCUACGGGAAAAAAUUCCCAUUUUUCUUACGGAACAAGGAGUUUGUGUGCCGGGGCCACGACUACGAGAGGCUGGAGGCCUUCCAGCAGCGGAUGCUCAAUGAAUUCCCGCACGCCAUCGCCAUGCAGCACGUCAACCAGCCGGACCAGACCAUCUACCAGGCGGACGCGCAGUACCUGCAGAUCUACGCGGUAACCCCGAUCCCCGAGAGCCAGGAUGUUCUGCAGCGUGACGGCGUUCCAGACAACAUCAAGAGUUUUUACAAGUUCAAUCACAUCUGGAGGUUCAGAUACGAUCGACCUUUUCACAAGGGCACGAAAGACAAGGAGAACGAGUUCAAGAGCUUGUGGGUGGAGAGGACGACCCUGACGCUGGUCCAGAGUCUCCCCGGCAUUUCGCGGUGGUUCGAGGUGGAUAAACGUGAGCUGGUGGAAGUGAGCCCGCUGGAAAAUGCUAUCGAGGUGAUCGAGAACAAGAACCUGCAGCUGCGCACGCUAAUCACGCAGUGUCAGAGCAGGCAGAUGCAGAACGUCAACCCCCUCACCAUGUGCCUCAACGGGGUCAUCGACGCCGCCGUCAACGGCGGCCUGGCCCGCUACCAAGAGGCCUUUUUUGUGAAGGACUACAUGAUGAAUCACCCUGAGGACGGGGAGAAGAUCGGGCGCCUUAGAGAACUCAUGUUUGAACAGGCACAUAUUUUGGAAUACGGUCUGGCUGUGCAUGAGAAAGUCGUCCCUCAGGACAUGAGGCCUCUACAUAAGAAGCUUGUAGAUCAGUUCCAUUUGAUGAAAUCCAGUCUGGGCAUUCAGGAGUUUCCGGCGUACGUGCGGGCGAGUCCGGUGCACUUCACCAACGGGAGCCCGCGUACUUGCAGGAACUCGGUGCCCAGCAUUAUCAGCCCGGAUGGCAGUCGAGGGGUUGCCAGGCGAAGUCUUCUCAGCUACCCGGCGGUCAACCGCUACUCCUCGUCGUCGCUGUCCUCCCAAGCGUCCAAUGAGGUCAGCAACAUCACCGGUCAGUCGGAAAGCUCGGAUGAAGUUUUCAACAUGCAGCCCAGUCCGUCUACCUCGAGCUUGAGCUCCAACCACUCGGCCUCGCCCAACGUCACCAGCUCGGCGCCCUCUAGUGCCCGAGGUUCACCGCAGAUGGCCGAGAAACACAAGCACUCCAGAGAGAACGCCUGCCUGUCUCCGAGAGAGAGGCCCGUUAGCGCCAUCUUCCCCAACCCACUGGACCCCGCGCAGAGAGCUACUCCUCAUCAGAUAGGUGACACCACUUUACCCCGCAGUGACCCCAACCUUUCGGCUCCAGACAAAGUGCGACCCACGCCCAGUAGCUGGAGCCUGGACAGCGUCAAAGAGGGCAAGCCGUCCUUCUCUGACCCUGUCGGCAAACUACUUUGCCCUCCCAUCCCUCCCAGACCACCAUAUACAGGCUCUUCGGCGAAAAACAUGAGGUCGCAGUCGCCAGUGCUCAUGUCCAGGUCGCCGCAGAAGGCCACCGUGCCCCCGUUUACUCCUUCGCCAACCGAGUGCCAUUCCACCAGCCUGGUCUCCAACUCGCCCGUCCUCUCGGGUAGCUACAGCAGCGGAAUUUCCUCACUCAGCCGUUGCAGCGUCUCCGAGGCGUCGGGCACCGAGCUGCCCGCCGGGGAACAAGCGGCCACCACGCCCAACGCCGCGCCUGACGAGCCGGUGCGACGAGAGAACAAGACGCCGCCGCCUUACAGCGUCUAUGAACGAAACAACCCUCGCAGACCUGUGCCGCUUCCCCACAGUUUAUCCAUCCCCCCACAGACAGAACCCCCCGCCCUACCUCCUAAACCUCACCAGUUGCGUACAGGCAGCAUGAAGCUGGACGGAACCUCGGACCCUCGCAUCCCUAGACCGAGGCCUCUUCCUCGUAAGGUGUCCCAGCUAUAGGGAAGACGGGAAGAAACACUGGCAUUAUUUGCACUUUUCUACUGGGCACUCAACCUUUAUUUUCAUUUGAUUUAGGAUCCUAUACCUCCGCGCCAAUAAAAGACAGGCAGUUUUUCAAAAACUUUUAUACAGCUAGAUAUAUGUUUACACUUAAAAACAACAGUUUUGAUAGGUGUCAUGUAUAUUGGUUCCUGAAUUUUCAUUUUUCAGUGUAGGAUCCCGUACCUCUGCUCUAAUUAAAGAACGGAAUCUAGUUUUUCUACAGCUUGACUACAUGUCUUUACACUUAAAACAGCAGUUUGGAUAGGUGUCAUGUAUAUUAGUACAUACUGUAUGACGAUUGUUUUUGCCUUAAGUAUUGGGAACCGUGAAUCUUGCACGUUUUUCUUUCUUCAUUUUGUAACAAUUGUACAUUUGUACACUGUAUGGCUAAAACGGUGCUUGGGUAGGAGCAUGCACUUUGGUGAAAGUGUCAAGAUCAAGUCAUAUCUACAUGGUACGACAAAGUGGCAUUUUAGUGUGUGAAGACCAGCAACUUUUCAAGGUUAUUUACCGUAAUUUUCGCACUAUAAGGCGCACCUGACUAAAAGUCGCCACCCACCAAUUUUGACACAACAUUUGUUCAUUGAUAAGAUUCACUGGACUAUAAGCCACAGCUGUCCUCACUAUUAUGGGAUAUUUAGAGCAGAAGAUAUUAACUGGUAACACUUUAUUUGACAGCGGUAUCAUAAAUAACCAAAUGAACCACCAUUUCAAGGGUUGAAUCAAUUGGCUGAAAAGCUUCAUUGCUUGACAGUCAACCUCUGCUGCCAACUGCUGUCAACACUGUUGUUGUCCAACAUGCCUCCUAGCAUGCAUUGCAGUGCUACAGAUGUAAAGUGGUAUGAAAAAGUAUGUGAGCCUUUUGGAAGUUCUCACAUUUCUGCAUAAAUCACCAUCAAAUUUGAUUAGAUCUUUGUCAAAAUCACACAGAUGAAAAAAACAGUGUCUACUUCAGCUAAAACCCUCCAAACAUUUAUCAGUUUUCAUAUUUUAAUGAGGAUAGUAUGCAAACAAUGACAGAAGUGGGAAAAAAGUGAUAAGUGAACCAUCACAUUUAAUAUUUGUGAUUUGUGUAAGUCUUUAGCAGACACUCUCGGGUUCAUUUUUACCAUUUCUGAGUAUUCUGCGCUGAACUCUUGGCGUCAUCUUUGGUGGAUGGCCACUCCUUGGGAGAGAAGCAACAGUGCCAAACUCUUUCCACUUUUCUGACUGUCGAUUGAUGAACCUCCACACUUUUAGAGAUGUUUUUGUAUCCUUUCCCAGCAUUAUACAAAUGAACAAUCCUUGAUCGCAGGUCUUCAAAUAGCUCUUUUGACCGAGCCAUGAUGCAUUUUAGACAAUGCUUCUCAUCAAGACAAUUCUUAACAGGUAAUGUUUUAUAGUGGGCAGGCAGCUUUAAACCACUCAUCAGUGAUUGGUCACACACCUGACUAAAAAUGUUUGGUAAAACUCUCCUUCGGCAGAGGGUUCACUUACUUAUUUUUCCCUUUUCUGUAAUUGUUUGCAUAUUAUCCUCAUUAAAAUAUGAAAGCCUAUCAAUUUUUGGGUGGUUUUAGUUAAAGCAGACACUGUAUUGUCAUCUGUGUGAUUUUGACAAAGAUGAGAUCACAUUUGAUGGUUAUAUUACACAGAAAUGUGAGAAAUUCCAAAAGCUUGAUAAAUUUUCAUACCAUUGUAAAUAACAAUCAAAAUUAAUUUUCUAUGCUAAUUAGGCUAGAUUCAAACUUCAGGUCUUAAUGCACAAAACCGAUUUUUUGUCAUAUGUUUUUUUUGGCGUACCUGUGUCCAUUGAGCCCGUUCAAGUAUUACGCAUGCGCACUAAUUUGCAGUCCGACACGCGCUAGGCAGACUGAUCCAAAUGUGCAGCAUCACAAAAAAAUAACUACGCACUGUGCGUGCAUGACGCACACAUAAGCCUUAUCUCUGUGUGUACGUUUGCCCCGACUCGGCCAUGUAUGCAAGACUGAAACAUUGCUCAUUUGGCACACAGUAAGAAACCAAGCAUGAUCAGGCUUAUCCUUUUCUUUAUUUUUUUAUGACUGUGGUCAAGCCCGCCUUUUGGACGUCUGUGCAAGUUGAUCCAUUCUUUACAUUUUUUCCUCCGAGUGUUUGGUUCGGGAAACAUAUGAAGAAAACAUCCUUCAUAUGUUGUCAUGUCUCGCGUUGUUUCUACAAGUUCCAUAGCAGCAGUGUUUGAUCAACAUGUUCUUUUUAGAAAGAUGACCAGAGAAAACAAGCAGAAAUAACCUGGGUUGUAUGCAAGGGCGUGUCUGUAAUAUCCCACUCCUGCAUUACGUUGGCAACUAAAAAUAGUAGUUGUGCGGUACGCUAUUGCUGCAUGAAUUCCAAUUUGGGAGGCUUGACAGUUCAGACCGCUGCUACGUACUGGAAAAAUUGCCCAGAUCGGAUUUAAACCACAUACGAAAAUGACCCAGAUCGGAUUUGAAAUGGUCCACUUCUAUGUGGUUUGUCCCGUUCAGACUGUCAAGUUGUCGAGUCGAAAAAACAUGAAAAAAUCGGAUUCGUGCGUUAAGACCUGCAGAAUGAAUCUAGCCCUAUUUCUUCAGUUACUGUUCUAGUUGUUUCAUUAAUUGCGAGUUAUGGUAUUUGGUAACACUGUAUUUGACAGUGGCGCCAUAGGACUGUCAUUAGACAACCAUAAUCAUGACAUGACACUAUCAUGGACAUGACUGAAUGCUUAUGACAGUUCCAUAAUUAUGACGGUCGUAUGGCAGUCUUAUAACGCCACUGUCAAAUAAAGUUUUUGCUAUUAACCCAAAUAAAUCAACAAAUAAGGACUGUAAACUGCAGAAUUCAGAAUGAAGGAAAACAAGUAGGGGCUUAUAGUCUGAAAAUUACGGUAGUCGGAAACUAAUCGUUUCCAUCACGACCCACUGCCCUCUGUAGACUUUUUUCCCCGCCGAUCAGCUUUGCACUUUUCAAUGAAAAACAGAAAGUUGGACCAAACACAAAGGCAAAUAUUGGCAUUUUGCAUGCUUUAUAGCCUUGUCCAGAUUGCAUGACAUUAAAGUGGGUGGGCUAGUAUUGUGCCAAAGUUUAAUGCACAAUGGAACACUUUUUUUCCCCCCAAUUUAAAUCAGUGCCAAGAAGCCAAGGGAAUUUUGGAAGACCCCAUAUGUUCUAAUCUACUGAUAUUUUUAAGCACAAUAUAUUCUGUGUAAUCGGAGAAGUUUAAAAUGCAUAAAUCAAACAUUGUUCUUGACUGCACUAAGCAAAUGACCCUGUUUAAUAACAUGAUAUGGCAAAUCUUGCUCACUGUUUGAUAGAGGAUCAAAUAUUUCUCAAUCAUGAGUCCAGCGAUGCUUUUUUUGACAAUGGGUGGGAAGGGAUUAGCUUUAGGAUUGUUUGUAUGUCUCAUUUUUGUAGUUGUUUUUGUGAUUUCUUUUUUUACAUGAAAUAUUCACAUUAAUCAGUUAUGGGAAAACUUGUAAAUUAUGUGAUGAGAUUAAUGUAAGUAAGCCAAAUACUACGGAAAAAGUGUAUUGCAAUUUAUGUAAAUACUGUGUUUUUAACAAAAUGUAGUUAUAACAAUUUACAGCUUUGAAUGUAAUGUUAAAGCAGCAAAAUUAUUAUAAAUGUGCAAACUUUUAUGGGUUUUGUGAGUGUAGAAAAAUAAAAGGUCAUGCUUUCAUGACGCCUAACACAUUUACAAG